AUGUUCUCUCAGUACAAGGCAUCCAAAACAACUAUAAGACGGAAUUAUGUUGUCAACCUACUCAACGGAGUUCGGCAUGAAGGGCUCCUACAGGACGCCUUGGGCCUGCUUUAUCUGGAUUUCGCCGACAAUCGACCUGACAACCACGUCAUGAAAUACAUCAUCAGGCAGUGGGACUUGAAGGCAUUACCUGAUCCUUUUGAACAAAAGGAUCAGGCUACCAUUUCCAAGCUUUAUAAACUUUUCUCCUCUAUGAGUAUGUUUGUGGAGGACUAUAUCAGCAAAGCCACUUCCCCAAACCCACCUCAAGCCUACCUCUGUCUUCCUCAGAUCGCCGACCCAAACAAAGGGCUCUACUACAAGGAGCACAGCUUUAGUCCAAGGCAUGUCACUUUAGAUGAGCUCACCUUACCAGAAUGUCAUUUUCUUAUGUGGGCAUUUAUCAAAUACGAUAUCAUCUUCAAGAUUCAGGGACCUAAAGCCGCAUUGGUAAUAGACGACAACGAACAAAGUGCUAUUUCUAAGAAAGAAUAUGAGGCUCUCACUGACUGCGAGCACGAAGCACUUCAUUCUGUUCUUCAGUAUGUCGAUGCUGUAUAUGGGGCUCUUUUUACAAUGUCUACACGUCGCUCAAGCAGACAUACCUCCAGCGCUUUACAAGACAAGCCCGCCAAUCCGGUAGCCCUGUUAUACCCAGAUAACCUUUAUUUCAACCCAAUACGAGCCUUCGAUGAUAUGAUGCUUCCAUCACAAAAUGUUCCUACAAUGCUAGGAUAUGCUCAUGAUGUAUCAGACCACGGUUUUGAUCUACUUAGAGCUCUCGUACUGUUUGCAAACACGACAAAGCCCGAAGAUAUGGGCCUUGGCCACUUUCCGACAAUCGAGGAGCUUGGAAAGCAAUCAACCCCUGCGCCUGGAUUCGAGGAGCGAAUGCAACUGCGCCAUUUACAACUUUGCCAGUUUCAAAGAGAAGCGGGUAUCGAGGAUACCCCAAACGAAGGACGGGAGUAUAUUUUCAGUGCAAACGAUGAGGAUUCCAUUCCUCGCCUUUUCGAUCCAUCAAACAAUAGGGAGGUGACAACAUUUUGGCAACACAUCUGA